UUUCACUUUUUCAGUGAUUUAUUGAGAUAUUCUCUCAGCUCACGUUCAAUAAUGGAAGAUCAAUCUCUUCACUCUCCAGUCAAUCCACACUUCUUCCAGCCUCUUCUUCCCGGCUUCCACUCUCACCUCACCAUUCCUAUACCUUUCUUCUUGAAGCACCUCCAAGGAAGAAACCAAGACCACGUCAAGAUUGCCAAACUGACAACAGAUGCGUCCGACCGAACUUGGACAGUGAAGAUAGACGGCUUGAAACUCACCGACGGAUGGGAAGAUUUUGCUGUCGCGCAUGAUCUCAGGAUUGGUGACAUAAUAGUUUUCAGACAUGAAAGAGAAUUAGUGUUUCACAUCACAGCCAUGGGACCAAGUUUCUGUGAGAUUCAGUAUACAUCAUCAUCAUCUCACAACAACAUCAAUGAGUCUUCUUCUUCAUCAGAUCAUUCUCGUUUUGUAGCAAAAGUCUCAGCCUCGAAUCUAAAAUUCGAUCGACUGUAUUUACCAAUGAGUUUUGCGAGGGCAAACGGUCUAGACAAAAUGAGCGGUGAGGAAAUCAUUCUUCUUAACGAAGAAGGAAGAUCAUGGAGUUUGAAACUGAAACACGACAAGGCAGACAUGCAUACUUUUAUCAGACCUGGUUGGAGAAGAUUCUGCGCUGAAAAUAAGAUGAGCCAUGGUCACUAUACACUGAAACUGGUCCAAAAUUCUGGACCACCGGUUAUUAGGUUAUGCGGGCGAGUGCAUAAUAGUUUAGAACCUUCAUUACACCAUUCUUGUUUUAUGGGAUGUGUCACUUCUAAUAGCCUGAAAACUGAUAAACUGUAUCUUGGGGAGACGUUUGUGAUUGCAAAUGGUCUGGAUAGAGGAUGUAGUGAGAUAGUUUUAAAGAAUGAAUGGGGAGGAAGAUGGAGUUUAGCUUUGAGAUGCUAUGAAUCAGCGUCACCGACUUACGUUGGACCGGGCUGGAGAACUUUCUGUCAAGUAAACGGGAUCAAAGCUGGAGAUUCAUUCAUGUUUAAACUGGUUGGAACCGGGGACAAGCCUGUUCUCUUGUUGUGCACUAGCAAAACGCCAUUGGAGUGUCAAGAAGAAAGUAGUUGUUCAGAUACUAGCAGCGGCGAUGAUGAUAGUAGCGAAUCCCAAGAAAGUGAAGAGGAGAGUCUUGGAGACAAGAACAUCUCACAGGAGUGCGUUAAGAUGGAGAAAAAUGAAGAAUAAGUAGAGAUGCAGAGCACCAAACUAAACUCUGUUUGAGAGAAGAAGUGUGUGGUGUGUGUGUGUGUGACACUACUUGCUCUUCAGUAUUUUCUUGCUAUCCGUCAACUUUCUUUCUCUUGUUGUUGCUAUCUACAUGUCUACUCAUGUAGAAAGAUCUGACUUUGAAUGUUUAGAAUUUUCUAAUUUUUUGAACCA